AUGUCGGAAGACGCUCCCAGAAAGCGGUCACGCUUCGACCAGACAGAACCAGAACCUCGAAAACCAUCGCGAUUCGACCGACGUUCGCGAUCUCCAUCCUCCAGGCACACAGAUUCCAGGCGUAGCCGCAGUCCGCUUGGAAAGUCCAGCCAGUCUCCUGCACCUGGCGCGAAGAGCGCCACAGCAAUCGACCCAGCUGCCGCUGCUGCCGCUGCCGCGGCAAAGAUCAACGCCGACCUACAAGCCCGUAAAGCUAUUCAGCAUGUCGAUGUACCUCCCAUUCAGUCUGCCUCCUCAGAUGGCGCAGCCGCGAGAACGCCAACAGCUUCAACGGGACAAAGUACCAGUCAACUUGAUGGCGAGAUCUACAUUGCCGAUGGCGACUAUAUCAAGGACAUUGAAGUCAAUGAUCUACGCAAUCGAUAUACCUUGACUAAAGGAUCUACACAAAAGAUGAUCAAAGAAGAAACGGGUGCCGAUGUUACCACACGAGGAUCCUACUAUCCAGACAAGAGCAUGGCCACAGCUGCGAAUCCUCCUCUUUACCUCCACGUCACCAGCACAUCCAAAUCUGGCUUGGAAAAAGCUAUCGAGAAAAUAGAAGAGCUUAUGCAACAAGAACUCCCCAAUCUUGUUGAUGAAAGGAGAUUCCGUCGAAAAGAACCCGAACAAGUCGAACGAGAUGAAUUUGGCAGACGUAAAUGGCCAGAAGAGCGAAUCAUUCUCGACAUGGAGAAUAUUCCUGGUUUCAAUCUGAGAGCCCAAGUCGUGGGACAAGGCGGUGCUUAUGUCAAACAUAUCCAACAGGAGACCGGAUGUCGCGUCCAGAUCAAAGGUCGCGGCAGUGGCUUCAUGGAGCAUAGCACCGGUCAAGAGUCUGAUGAGCCCAUGUACCUUCAUGUGGCAGGUCCGCAACCACAACAAGUCCAAAAGGCAAAAGAACUCUGCGAAGAUCUCCUCGCCAACGUACGCAUUAAUUUCGAACAUUUCAAGGCCAACCCGCCACCACAACGACAAGAAUCCUACACAGAUGGAUAUGGAGCAGAUGCGAAUAGAGGUUCCUCUUAUGGUGGCUAUGGAAGAGACAGAAAUCGAGAUAAUAGCUAUUCACAUCACAGUAACAGCUACAACUCUGCGUAUGCCGGCGCAUCGUCCACUCCAGCACCCGGCACUGCUGCAUCGGCCUCGCCCACCGACUAUGCAUCUCAAUACGCUCAGUACUAUGCCAGCCAACCAGGUGGUGAUCCAUAUGCGGCUUACGGUGGCUAUCAAAACUACGUUGCAUAUUAUCAGUACUACCAGCAGGCGGCAGCUCAACAGCAGCAGUCCCCUCCGCCACCACCUGGUGGUGAGCCAAACCCUCCACCUCCGCCUGACAACUCCACGGCACCACCUCCUCCGCCACCAGGAGGCUAUUCCGCUGUGCCACCACCACCAGGCUUGUGA